CCGUGUUCAAAGCAGACGUAGUUGUCAAUCGAGAAUAUACUAUAAUAUUCUAGAAGUGAGUAAAAAGCCAAUAGAGAGAUCUUCGAAUUCGUCUACUCAGCUAUAAGUUGUCACUGAAGACGUUGUCAUUGAUAUUACAACAACCAUGGAAGGGAAAACCUCAACCGUUUUAUUGGCUGUGGAUAACAGUUCUAAUGCCGAAUACUGUAUGAAUUUCUACUUACAACGUUUACACAAACAAGGUAACAAAUUGGUGAUUUUGCACGUUCCUGAAUAUUGGGGUGAUAUGGCCAGAAUGAUGAGCCCAGCUAGACUGACGGAGGUUUACAACGAAUCUCAGAAACGGGCGAAAGUAAUUGGCGAAAAAUUUCACACCAUAGCUGCCAAAAACAGUGUUAGUGAUAUCGAAUUUGUGACAAAGGAUGGAAAUGACCCAUGGCAUGUUAUUGUCGAUGUUGCAAAAGAUAAAAAAGUUGAUUUCAUAGUUAUGGGUUCCCGAGGAAUGGACUUUCUGACGAGGGCUUCGAUUGGUAGCGUACAAGCCAAUCAAAUCGCUCCAUUCGAAGUUGGGUGUCUAUUCCAGUUAAGGUAUAAAACGAAGUUACUUCCUUCUCCAAUAUCUGAUUAA